AUGAGCGCAGAUAGAUAUAUAGCAGUGUGCCAUCCGAUAGCAGCACCAAGGCUGCGCACACCGUUCGUUUCAAGAGUUGUAUCUGCUGCUGCAUGGACUGCAUCGGCCUUAGUAAUGACACCCAUAUUCAUGUAUACCACACUAAUACAUACUGAAAAUGGACUCUCUUGUAAUAUUGUGUGGCCGGAACAAGAAUUUGCUAAAGGCCAAGCUUCAUUCACUCUUUACUCCUUUGCUCUGGGUUUCGCCGCCCCGCUCACCCUUAUCUUCGUCUUUUACUGUCUGGUCAUCCGUAAGCUUAAAAAUGUGGGUCCUAAAAAUAAGUCUAAAGAAAAGAAACGUUCACAUAGAAAGGUUACCAAAUUGGUAUUAACUGUAAUAGCUGUAUACGUGUUAUGCUGGCUGCCAUAUUGGGCAUUUCAAGUCGCUCUCAUUUACUCUCCCCCUACAGAGUGUGCCAGUAGGAUUACCAUCACAGUAUUUUUGGUUGCAGCCUGCUUCAGUUACAGCAACUCUGCUAUGAAUCCCAUUCUGUAUGCAUUUUUGUCAGAUAAUUUCAAGAAGAGCUUUUUAAAGGCGUGCACUUGUGCUGCUGGAAAAGAUGUAAACGCUACACUUCACGUAGAGAACAGCGUAAUACCGAGAAAGAAAGGUGCUGCAAUAGCUCGUGCGCAGGCCAGAGCUGCAGAUGAAACAAGAGGAUUGACGGCACCAGUUGGUGGAGCUGGUGGUUCCAGAUCUGAAGCGUCUACAGCCGUAACUUCUCGUUCUGCAGUUGUUAGUGAAGCGAUGCCGUUGGAAGUUAGGCCUGGAUCAUUAACUCCAUUGAUAGCUCCCAACGGUAUAUCGCAUUCACGUCUCUGA